AGUUAGUCGUUUUGAAAUCGCCGUGAUGCUCGCACGCAGCGACCGAGCACGCUCACUCGUACAGUGAAAGUCGCACGCGCAGUUUAAAGCUACGAAUUGGUACGACAACAUCGUCUAGUUGUUUUGUUUGUCUGUUGCGCCAGUGCAUGGGGAAAGGAGGUCGCCGUAUGGCCGCAACCCUAUACAAGUAAAAGAACAUUUCUUAGACAAUAUGUCUUUCCUUUUAUUGAGCUACACUUUGUCAAUGAAAUUGAUAAAAUAGACUUCGGAAAAUUUUAACACGUGUAAAGUGAAUCAGUGUGUAAACAAUGAGUGGAAGUGAGCCGACUCUAACAGAGUCGCCAGUGCCCUUAGCUCUGGCCCGUCUCCAAGCUAGACCUGGAAGAAUGCCGAGAGGCUUACGCACCCACCGGCCCAGCCUGCCGCUAGCUAGCCUUCAGGAAGCUAUCGACGAAAGCCCUCGACGUUUCAGCGAAGAAAACUAUACACAAGAUACGGAUGAUGACGACGUAUACGUUGACGCUGUAGUAGUUAACACACCGUCACCGUCAUCAUCCAAUGGUAGGAGAGCUUCGGAUGCCACAUUCGCUGAACGGUACAGGAAGUUGACAGAAUUCGACGGUCCCCCGCCGGACCUGCCUCGUCGGGCCUCACUGGCCGUUCCCGUCGACGUUGACGGGUACGGGCCCAGUGAUAAAGGCCGCAGGAGGUCCUGGGCUGCGCGACUACAACUGGAGCGAAAGAAGAGGAGGAAAUCUGGUGGCAACGAUACCGACGAGGAGGGAGACGCCCCGACUUAUGUACGACAGAAACGACCCUCGUGGUGGAACGUCUUCGUACCGGAUAACAUGCUUAAGAACAGGUCUAGGAGGGCUUCCCAGCAGCUAUCCAGAAGUGCCGAGAGCAUCGACCAGUCCUACAAGAGGUCAAAGAGCCGUUCUGUAGAUCAUGGGUUCGCAGCCCCCUUCGACCUGGAAUCGCUGCGCUCCAAGGUGGAGGGCAGGUUCGACGCUGUUAAUAAAGAUGAAGACGAAAACAAGAGGCUGCCUCCGCCGCCUCCGAUCAAAACAAUGACCUAUACGGUGAGAGAUCGCGAUACAUUGACGUCCCUGGCGGCCCGCUUCGACACCACGCCCUCGGAGUUGACGAAGCUGAACCGUCUCGCCACGCAGUUCAUCUUCCCUGGACAGAGGCUGCUCGUACCCGAUAAGCGAAAAGAUGGCGAUAAUGAUGCCGAUGUUCGAUCUGACAGCGAUAACACCUCGGAAUCAACCCAAGCCGCCAGCGAACCGGCCCAGGAGAAAGAGAUCUUGGACAGUCUCCGGCCUGUGUCCCCUGAGGCGCCCGCCAGCAGCGCCCCCCAGCGGUUCCUGAAGAUCAACGUGAGACACAUCACCGAUGGACAGGGCGUGGUGUCCGGCGUGCUGCUGGUCACACCGAACGCGGUCAUGUUCGACCCCAACGUGUCUGACACUCUGGUGAUGGAGCACGGGCCUGAGUCGUACGGUGUGAUAGCGCCCAUGGAGUACGUCGUGAACGCUGCCAUCUUCUACGACAUAGCACACAUGAGGACCCACGGACCGGACCACAAUGCGCACAGAGCCGAGCAAGCCGAGAUAUACUAUAUGAAUAAACCGGAACACGCCCCUGAAAAAGAUCUAGUCAAAGAGGAGACAUUCCCUGAGCUGCAGGCAGUUGGGGAGGCUGCGGAACCCCAGCAAACUACAGGGGAGGGAGCAGGGGAAGCCGUUGGGGGUGAGGAAGAUACCCCUAGACGACCUUCCGACGCUGAGGAAAGAGGAGGAGCAGCCUUCCCAAAGGCCUUCGACAGGGACCUGGUUACCCCGACCCCAAUACAUCAACAGACAACUGAGGAGAGACGAAAGUCGCUACUGGAUCAUCACUGGGCUAUACCGAGCAAGGACAGAAUGUCCAUCGAUCAAGGGAGUGAGGUUUCCUCCAGCGUUGAUCACGGCAAGGAGGAAAGUCUGGAGGUGUCAGUGGCAGAAUGCUCUGAAGCGGAGCGCGCUGAGGCCGGGGAGCACGGGGAGGGUGAGGGGGAAGGGGAGGGAGAUGGCAGCGCUGAGGACGCCGCACAACUCGUCAAGCUUUCCUACCACGACUCUGGAAUCGAUAUACGAGAUCCGCUGUUACAUGUCAACACGGCUAAUUCCAAGAAGGAGUUGUGUUACAUUUGUCACAAUACCGACACCAUUUACGAGUUGCCGGAGACCGUGAUGUCGAGCGACUGGCACUGUGACACCACAUAUGAGAACCGAUUCUUGAACUGGUUCGCCGUUUGUCAUGACAGUGACGCUGUGUCGUGUUCCACCGACGAGGUAUACAGCGACGCGGAUAUAGUUCUAUCAGCGGACUGGGUGCCUCCGGUCUGUCUGCCUCGCGCUGAGCCGCCAUUAUCUGCUCCCCCUCUUGGAGAGAAUGAGAGAGCUCGGAAACCAGCAGCGGUCUCUUUCUCACUCGAUGGCAAUCAGAAGGAGGAUCCGUCGAAACCGGAAAAGAAGAACAAGAUGUUAAAACGCCUGUCCUACCCUCUAUCGUGGGUGGAGGGCUUGACUGGUGAGGGCCAGGCUGGGUCGCAGGCGGACUCGCUGCCGACCUCCGCCGACAGUCACAACACCAGCGUCUUCUCUAAAGUCUUCAACAGGCGAAGCUCGCUGGGAGGGUUCGGUCGUUCCCACGCCAAGCCGGCCAGCGCUCAACAACCGAGACUCGACUACCGCAGCAUGGUGUCGGUGGACGAUAUGCCGGAUCUGUUCGCGUCGUUUGAUAAGCUCAUCCCUCGUCCCGCUCGUCCCAGCGAUGAUCCUCCCCUCUACCUCCGUCUCCGUAUGGGCAAGCCGGCCGGUCGACCUCUGCCGCGUUCCACUCCGCUGAUGUCCUACGGAAGGAAGAGGAUGAAGCCAGAAUACUGGUUCGGUAUUCCCAGGAACAGGGUCGACGAUCUCUUCAAGUUCCUGACCCACUGGGUCCCUGAGAGGUACGGACCUCUCCGUGACGUCACCGCUCACGGCUACGAGCUUAUAGACAGCGACACGGAGUGGGACGACGAUGACGCCAAGCCGGGACAGAAGGAGCGUAUCGGCAGUACUGGAGAUGUUUCGGAUAUAACGAGAGAAUCCUGGGAGCUGCUGAAGGCGCCCUACGUGAAAAUAUAUUCUAUAAUGAAGAGUCAGGCUGAAGCGCUCGGGGAUUCACUAGGCGAAGAGCCGCAGACCGAGGUGCUGUCGAUGAGCGAUGAGCUGCGUCGCGCGCUGUACUCGGGCGCCUCACUGGACAUGGAGUUCUCGCCGCCAGACCUCAUCGGAACCUCCGAGAUAUUCACCAUGGAACACCGGGAGAAGCUAUGCAGCGUGUUGCCCGCCCGCGCCCAAGGUUACAUGUGGCAGCUCACAUUCAGCACCAGCCAGCACGGCUUCUCGCUGGCCUCUAUGUAUAGGAAGAUGCAACGAGUCGACAGUCCUGUGCUGCUCGUCAUACAGGACACCGAUAAUAACGUGUUCGGUGCGCUGACGUCAUGCGCGUUCCGUCCCUCGGAACAUUUCUACGGGACGGGCGAGUCGCUGCUAUUCUCAUUCCAGAGAGAGGAAAGGCGUCUCUCACAGACGAAGGACGAACACAAGGAGACUGGCGACGAAAAGGACAAGGAUAAAGAUGAACAAGUUGUGCCAUUAAAAACCAAAUUCAAGUACUGGGGCUGGACCGGCGACAACAUGUACUUCAUCAGAGGAAGCAACGAUAACAUCUCCAUCGGCGCUGGAGACGGCAAGUUCGGCCUGUGGCUGGACGGCGACCUGUACCUGGGCCGGACCCAGCGCUGCACCACCUACGGCAACGAGCCGCUGACCACGCGCGAGGACUUCGUCGUCAAGAUCAUGGAGUGCUGGACCUUCAUCUGAACGCCCGCCACCGACGCUAGCUUUACUGUCUUAUGAAAUUUGCUACGAUUUGACACCUUUACAUGUCGGUUUUGACUGUACCCAAGAUAUUUUGUACUCGCAUCGACUCGAGCGCCCUCCCCUCCUCUCUUCCCCUUUGAGAUGGUAGUCUGCGCGCUUUUCUAGUCAAACGUACUGAAUCCCGACCACUGUUUUAAUUGUCCGUUUAGAAGCGUGCGGCCGGAGCCCCGGCCUCCACCGCAGCGAGUGCGUUGAACCUAGUCAAUUGUCGUUCGUAUGUAGGUUACGGCGUACCGCCGGUAACGAUUACGUGUCAAUUCAAUUAAUGCAUUGUUGUUAAGAAAAAAAAAAUAAAUAAUAAAAAAAUAUUUGUAAUGAUUAAAAUAUCAUUGUACAACGUUAUGUAGAGGUUUAUAUUUAACGUAACGGUUUUUUGUGAGCGACAGUCUUUUGGUGUUGCCCACUUAUUGACGUUGACGUAAUUUUUCAUUGAUUUCAUACAAAUCUGUCAUUAACUGUUUGGGCCACUCGAUUUUCGGCGGAGUUUGACGUGCUGAAAGCGUCUUGCCAAGAGCAUGGUGGUUACUAAAGUUACUCAUGAUACUGUUUUUAUUCAUCUAUAUAUAACAUAAUUGUGUUUCUUUUAGUUUCGAAGUGGAAUGUUUUGUUGUCAUGUCUGUACGUAUUUUAGUUGUAUACCCUAAGUUAGUGAACAUGGAACGUGUCUCACUUUCACUGUGAUUUGUUUAUUAUGAGUGCAUUUUAUUAUAAUAUUGAAGCGUUAUUUUGUAAUUAUUGUUUAAAAAUGGUAACUUUAGGUUGACCGCAUUAAUUAAAUUUAUAUCUUUGCUUGUAAUCACUAUACUCCUUAGUGAGAAUGUAUGUUAGGUAAAUUUAUUGGAAAUAUUAUUGAUAUAUUUGUGUUUAUUGAUUAAACAAGUAUAAAAAUAUUGUGGUAACGCUUCAGUACAGAAACGAGUAGCUGGAUAUGAUAUAACUAGAGGAACAUUAUAAAAUAGAUGUCUUAGAGCUUGAUGAAUGUAUUCGUCAUUGUGCUUAUUAGUAAUUGUGUCACUUAGAUCUUACUCAGAUAUUUUUUGGUCGUAAAGUUAUUUAUUGAUCAUAUUUUAGUGUACUACGACUAUUCAGAGUAUUGUAAAACAGAAUGGUGACUACUUAUCACAUGCAGUAUUCAAUUUUCUUAUAAUUAUAAUACUAAAUACAUAACUGUGCUAUAUUAUCCAGGUUUCACUACAGCGUUACUGAAAUUAUUAAAUGCAGAUAAGGGCUUAUUCAAAUAUAUAGAGGCCAGUUUAAGAAUUGCAAUACAAGCUCUGAUGAAUGAUAAAUAUGUUCUAUUAACCGGUCUAUAUUAUAUUGGAGUUGAUAGACAGAAGCAGUAGGUUGUUAAACUAAUAUAUAGAUGGUUUUAAUCCUCAAAUAAAAAGUAGAUACACACUUGAAUCGUUUCACGGGAUUAGUGUGAAAUAUUAUUUUGUGUAUAAAUCCUGAACAUUUGAUAUUUGUAAGAUAUCAAAUUCCUAUGCAAUAUUACCAGAUUGUGGACAUGAAAUAAUCACAACUGCUCUGUCAUUAUGAUGUUUCAGACAUAUUGUUAUUGUUUACCAUCAAGGUGUAGUGAUGAUUAAUUUAUACUAAACAAAUAUUUAUUGGCAUAAUGUUAAAGAUAUAUAAUCACUAAAGAAUUGUUAAGUAGCAGUGAGAUGUUUAAUAUUUAUUUAUGUUAUAAUUUGUAACCUUCAAUUGCUGCUGUAGAUGUUGCGUUCCGGUGAUCUAUUAUGUAAUAUCUAAGUUGUUAAAAUGUAAAUCAAGCCAUAAUAACUGAGAAUAUAUUCUUUUGAAGAACA